AGUGGAAUUGAUGGUCGUACUCUUAUCGUUUUAUUGACGAUAAAGAAAAAAAGGUUCUUCAACGGCAAAGUACGUAACACAGUAAACAUGUUGGACCACAACCUCUUCAGGGAAGACAGGGACGACAUCAACAACCCUAAUCUUGUACGUGAAUCUCAGCGCCUUCGAUAUGCUGAUGUUGAUGUCGUUGAUCAAAUCAUUCACCUUGAUAAACAACGAAGACAAUGUCAAUAUGAGCUUGAUAAUCUGCGCCAAGAGUUCAAUAAGAUUAACAGGGAAAUUGCCCGCCUUAAAAUAGCAGGAGAAGAUGCAACUGAAACGAUAAAGAAUACGAAAGAGAACAAGAAAUUGACAGCAAAGAAAGAAGCUCAAUUUCAGGAAAUUAAAGAUGAAUUGUACAGAAAAUUGGGGACAGUUGGAAACCUUGUCCAUGCCUCGGUUCCAAUCUCCAAUGAUGAGGCAAAUAAUGCUGUAAUUCGGUGUUGGGGGGAGAAGCGAAUGGAACCAAAUCUAAGGAACCAUGUUGAGCUUAUGGAGUUGACUGGAAUUGCAGAUACUAAAAAAGGUGGUAAUGUAGCUGGAGGCAGAGGUUACUUCUUGAAAGGAAUGGGAGUACUUCUAAAUCAGGCUUUAAUAAACUUUGGUUUGUCAUUGCUAAGAAGAAGAGGUUAUACCUUAAUGCAGACUCCUUCCUUAAUGAGAAAAGAUGUUAUGAUUAAGUGCGCUCAACUAUCUCAAUUUGAUGAAGAGCUUUACAAGGUCACUGGUGAGGGAGAUGAAAAGUAUCUGAUUGCAACAUCUGAGCAACCAUUGUGUUCUUAUCACCAAGGUGAAUGGAUUAAUCCCAAGCAAUUACCCUUAAGAUAUGCAGGAUGGUCAUCUUGUUUCCGAAAAGAAGCUGGUUCACAUGGUAAGGAUACUCUAGGUAUUUUCCGAGUUCAUCAAUUUGAGAAGGUGGAGCAAUUUUGCAUUACCAGCCCAAAUGGCAAUGAGUCUUGGGAAAUGCAUGAGGAAAUGAUCACAAAUUCUGAGGAUUUCUACCAGGAGCUAAAGAUCCCCUAUCAAACUGUUGCAGUGGUUUCCGGUGCAUUAAAUAAUGCAGCCGCAAAGAAGUAUGAUUUAGAAGGGUGGUUUCCUGCUUCCAAAAGAUAUAGAGAACUUGUGUCCUGUUCGAACUGCACUGACUACCAGUCCAGGAGACUAGAAAUUCGUUACGGGUUGAACAAGAAUGAUGAACAGGCAAAGCAAUAUGUUCACAUGUUGAACUCUACCCUCGUAGCAACCGAGAGGACCAUUUGUUGCAUCCUUGAAAAUUACCAGAAGGAUGAUGGUGUUGAGAUCCCAGAAGCUUUACUACCCUAUAUGGAUGGUGUCACUUUCCUUCCUUUCUGAGAGCAGCACUACCCCUGCAGCUUGAGGGAGGAUGUUAUGAGCCUCGUAAUGCAUACGACAAUAACAAUGUAGGAC